AUGCAAGAAGUGGUUAAUGCACUACCUGGCGGAUACCCCGAAUCGAUUCAACCUCCGACGUCGAAUCAACAGUCACUUUCGCAAGCGGUUUAUUCCAGGAGGUCUGAAUACACGAAACCGAAAAACAUCAAGAUCAAGGUUGGAACUUGGAAUGCCGCUGCUUACAAGGGCGCUGAGAAAGAUAUUGCUUGGUUUGUUGACGGCAAAGGAAUUGCUGAAGGCUUGACCGAUCUCACUGUCGAGGAUGAAUCCGAAUCAAAGGAUGAUGCGGCAUCACAAGACCGAAGUUCACUGGAUGAUCGUGAAGGCGUGGAAGAUCAGGAAGCCCGAUACAAGAAGAAGAAAUCCACCUUGCCAAAAAAUGACCCUGGCCUAUUACCUGGAGGCGAAGACAUCGGACUUUAUCUCCUAGGACUUCAGGAAAUCGUGGACGUCAAUUCUGCCGCGGAAGCACUGAGACCAUACACGGAUCCUUCGGUUGGCCAGAAAUGGAAGAGCGAGAUGGAAGCCCAUCUGCCCAGAGGAUACAAAUUCGUCGCCGAACAACAGCUUAUAGGAAUGCUGCUGCUAAUAUAUGCCUCUCCGGACGUGGCUGCGGAUAUCAAAUCUGUUAGCACGACUAGUGUCGGUACAGGACUCAUGGGUUAUAUGGGCAACAAGGGCGCCGUGACUGCCCGCAUCGUCCUCGGAGAAACGACUCGUCUAGUCUUUGUCAACGCUCAUCUGGCUGCUGGAACGGACAAAGGUGCUGUCGAGCGCAGGAACUGGGAUUAUGGACAAGUUAUGAGUCGCACCAAGUUCGAGCCCAUCUCCGAUUCAAUGGGCCUCUCGCAGAAUAUUGGCGAAGGCAUCGAUGAUGCAGACUUUGCUUUCUUUGUUGGCGACCUGAACUACAGACUUGAGGGCAUCCCUGGCGAAGACGUCCGCCGCUUGUUGAUGCUGCAUACACGAAACGAGUACGAUCUAUCCAAGAAGCAAGGCAAGAAGGUCGACAAGGAAAUCGCGCGCAACCAAGCUUCGAUCGAAAGACGAAGGGAGAACAGAACUUCUACGGAUUCUGGAGUUUCUCAAGUGUCGACUGUGAGGUCACGCGAAGAUGACGACGUCCAGGACGAAGACAUUGACGCAGAAGAGGCACUCGAUGCAGUAGAUGAUCCUGCUUCAUUACAUACCACUCUGUCAUCUUUGUUGCCCCACGAUGAAUUGCACCAACAACAAAAGGCAAGAAAGGCCUUCCAGGGCUGGCAAGAGGGACCAAUCACGUUUUUACCCACAUACAAGUACGAUGCUGGAAGUGUCGGCGUCUUCGACUCUAGCGAGAAGAGGCGAGCACCGAGUUGGUGUGAUCGUAUCCUCUGGCGGACACGGCGCGACAUGCUUUCAUACGAGAGCACGAUUGCCGAAGAAGAAGAGUCCAAGAGGAAAGACGAAGAGAUGAAAAACAAUGGCAUGGACGAGGCAGCCAAGGACGAGGAAAUGCUUUACGACUAUGAUCCUGACGAAGAUGCUGACGAAUCUGGCUCAUACGAUGAAUAUGACGAUGCACCUCCUGGAACAGUCAUCACGAAAGAAGGCUUCGCUGACGAAAUCAGUUUGGAAGCAUAUGUGGCGCAUCAGAGAGUUUUGUCUUCUGAUCACAAGCCACUGGACGCUAUUUUCUCAUUCAAGUAUGAUGCUGUCGUUCCAGAGCUGAAAUCAAAGAUUCAUCAGGAAGUUGCACGGGAGUUGGAUAGGGCAGAGAAUGAGGGUCGGCCCAACGUGACAGUUGUGGUCGAUCGUCCUCAUUCUAACGAAGAAGGCACCUCCGAUGACGAUCCCCUCAAAUUCGAAGGUGUCUGGUUUGGCGAAGUCAGGUAUGCAAUGCACAAGCAUCGAAGCCUUACUGUAGCAAAUACAGGUCAAGUACCGGCAACUGUUUACUUUAUUGAUCGCCCCGUCGGCCCCGGCCAACAUCCCGGAACAUCUCCAAGUUGGGUAAGCAUGAAGAUUGAUGAUGGUACCGGUAAACUAUCCUCCGAUCUCAGCAAACGCACCCUCGAGCCCGGUCAAGCCUUCAACGUGGAACUCGAACUCCGUAUUCUCGACGUCAGUCUCGCCCGCCAAUUCAAUGAAGGCAUAAAGUCCAUGGAAGAUAUCCUCGUUUUGCGAGUCGAAAAUGGCCGUGACCACUUCAUCCCUCUCCGUGGCACAUGGCUGGAAUCCUCACUCGGUCACUCGAUCUCAAAACUCAUAAGGAUCCCCGAAGGCGGCAUCCGCAAACUUCAACGGCAGCGACCCGAUAGUAGUAAAAGCACUGCAUCUGCGGGCUCGGCUAUUGACGACGAAACACCGGUAAAGUGGUCGGCGCCCCGCGAGCUAUUCCGGCUGACGGAGGUGAUAGAGGAAUUAACCGUCCGCGUUACUGCUGAGUGGGGCAUGCUGCAUGAUCCGUCCACACAGCCGCCGCCUUGGGAGCGCUUUGCUGGCUGGCCAUUCGUGCCGCAGUCUUGGACUUGCAAAGAUGACAAAGAACGACAUGAUCGUCUUGCUGAUAUCGUGGAAGCGUUGGAUACAGAUGUUUCCUUUGACUCUGUGUUUCCUUCUGACAUCUCUCAUAUCGAAAAAUUAGAGUCGUUGGCCGAGUUUUUCAUCAUGUUUAUGAGCGCCAUGGAUCAAGGCAUUGUGACCAAGGACAUCUGGACGCAAUUGGAUGUCGGACUUACCAAACAGGAAAAAUCCAAACUUGCCCAAUCGGCGGAGGAACAACGCACAUGGGCGCAAGAAAUUCUGUCCUCUGCUCCUUCUCACUCCAUCUCCUUUAUCCUGAUCACCUCGAUGCUGGAUCGCAUCAUCAGCGAGACCAUCACGGCUAUUACCCAUAACCACCCUGCUUUGUUGGCAAAAUCUCCACCUCCAGCGACGUUCUUGGUUACGAUACCGCAAAAUUUGAGAAAGAAGAAUUGGGCAAAGGAUGGAAAGGAGGCUUGGAGACAGGGUGUCGGAAGGGCAUUGGCGUGUACGUUCUAUGGUGCUAUGAUCAGGGGAGGAGAAGAAGAGGGGCAGAAGGAGAAAGAAAAGGCUGCGGGCAGAGAGAGGAAGAUCAGGUUCUUGGAGCUGUUUUUGCUGUAA